AUGGAUAUAUUAGGUUUAGGAUCGAAAAUCGAAACUGAUUUCAUACUUGAUCCUCAUGGUCAACGCAAACAGAUUGAAGUUAAACUUGAUGAAACGAAACGAUCAUUGCAAUAUAUUUAUUACGACGGAGAAGACGUUUCUGGAACGGUACAAAUCAAAUUGAAGAAAAACAGUAAAGUAGAACAUCAAGGAAUUCGAUUGGAAUGUAUUGGACAGGUUGAAAUGCUCAAUGAUCGAAGUACUGUUUAUGAAUUUCUAAAUUCAUCCAAACUACUCGCUUUUCCUGGUGAAUUAACCGAAAGCACAUCCAUAGAUUUUGCUUUUCCGGGCGUCGAAAAGCCAUACGAAUCAUACGCGGGUAUCAAUGUAAAAUUAAGAUAUUUCCUUCGUUUAACAAUCAUCAAACGUUUUUCGAAUAAUGUUUUCGAACGUGAUUUCUGUGUCCAACAAUUAUCCCAAUACCCCGAAGUGAAUAAUAGUAUUAAAAUGGAAGUCGGCAUCGAAGAUUGUUUACACAUUGAAUUCGAAUACAACAAAUCGAAAUAUCAUUUGAAAGAUGUCAUUAUCGGAAAGAUUUACUUUCUUCUCGUUCGAAUCAAGAUCAAACACAUGGAAAUCGCCAUAUUGAAAAAGGAAAAUACCGGCAGUGGACCAAACAUUUACACGGAAAACGAAACGAUUGCGAAGUACGAGAUCAUGGACGGUGCGCCAGUUCGCGGUGAAAGCAUUCCAAUUCGGUUAUUUUUGGGUGGUUAUGAUCUCACGCCAACGAUGAAAGAUGUUCAAAAGAAGUUUUCCGUUCGAUACUUUCUCAAUCUUGUUCUAGUUGACGAAGAAGAACGACGAUACUUCAAACAACAAGAAAUCGUUCUUUGGAGAAAACAAGAAAAAGAAAGAGAUAGAGCUAAACAAUCAUCACAACAAUACGCUCAUUACGAACGACCUGAAGCAACUAAUAAUAAAUUCGACGAUAAAUUAGCUGCUAACGAAGCAUUAUCACCCGAAAACAAUAGUGAUACGCCGAGUGAUUGA